ACCACAGCGCCAAUCCCCAGACAAGGCGCCGCGUAAAAAAAAGUGAUUGUGCCAAGAGGGGAAAACUGAGCCAGACAACGAGACAGUGAGGAAAAAGAUAAGCAGUCACUAGACUGUCACACAAGGACGCGCCAGGAGCGAGCGCGUAUCGCUGCGUGUUGAAACUUGCAGUGAUGGAGGGGGAAAAGCAACCUGCCGACGAGGGUCUCUGCGGCCCAAAGAUGUGCGGUCAGCAGCGGGGUCCAUACAGCAACCUUAAAACCUUCCCAAACAGGCGGUUGGCGGGGAAGGCGCGGUUCGACAGACCCACAAUGGUCGAUAUCCCGCUGCUGGGAGACGGAGGCGGACAGAACUACAAUCAUCUCAGUCACCAUCAUCCGUAUCAGCAGCCGCAUUUGCAACAGCAGCAGCAGCUCCAUCAAACAACCCACACCAUAAGCAGCAGCAGCCAACAUCACCCGACAUCCCAGCUGCAGAGGCAACAGCACUUCCCAUGCGAUAACAGGCCCAGCAGCAGAGUCGCGACAUCUACCUCCGCAAAUGUCGGGGGUGUGGCGCCAGCAUCACUUUGCCUUCAGCAGACGGUCGGCGGCGGCACCACGGAGCACCGGGAUCCCACCUAUUUGCCUGGACGAGCCGCGCUCAACCAUGAAUCUGCUGAUUGCACUUACGGGAUAAGCUCAGAAAACCAUCUAAUCUUGGAUGCCUUCGCGCAGCAGUGUAGCCGUGUACUCACUCUCCUCAACAGUGGCCGGUUCGUGGAGCCCCAUGAUCCUCCGCCCUUCUCCCUCACCUCCCACAUCAAGCAGGAGGAAAGCUGCCUCUCUGGGUGUGGGGGGGGUCAAGUGGGUCACUGCCCCACCCUGGGCAAGCCACGGCCCAAGGAGAGCUCCACCGUCGAUCCUGAUGAGGAAGCCCAGCGCAGCCACUGGAGCCAAAAACAAACAUACGCCUUCCUGCACAUCUUCACAAAGUCCCUCCAGAACUACCUGCUCACCGGGCCCCAGCAGCCCUACCCGGACCUGAGCCUCAAGGGAGAGCGAGGCCCACCGGCCGAGUCUGGGGUGUCGCCCGGCCAUAACCUGGGGGGCUGGAGCUCCCCAGCCCCUUCAGAGUCGUAUGGCCAACCCUCGUCCACCCUGCCAGAGGAGGAAGAGGAGAGCUGCUGCCCUCGCUGUGUGGAGCUGGAGCAGGAGGUGCUGUGUCUGCAGCAGGAGAACGAAGAGCUGCGGAACAAGAUGGACCACAUACCAGCUCCCUGCCAGAAUGUGCUGGACUUCUUCAAGACUGUUCUCCAGCACCAUAACCAGUUUAUACAGCCAACGCCAGAGGAACAACUAACAAAGGAAGAAGAACGGAAAACAUAUGAGGCCAGUAAACAGCUCCUAGAGAACUACCCCCUCUUCAUCACCAACAAGCAGUGGGACGAGGCUGUCAACUCGUCCAAGAAGGACGGCCGGCGGCUGCUGCGCUACCUGAUCCGCUUCAUCUUCACCACGGAUGAGCUCAAGUACUCAUGUGGCCUGGGCAAAAGGAAGCGCUCGGUUCACUCAGGAGAGCCUGGGCCGGAGAGACGGCCCCUCAACCCCGUCAAAGUCAACUGCCUCAGAGAGUUUAUCCGAAUGCACUGUGCCUCCAACCCUGACUGGUGGAUGCCUUCCGAGGAGCAGAUCAACAAAGUGUUCAGUGAUGCUGUGGGCCAUGCGCGCCAAGGUCGGUCCGUGGGCACCUUCCUGGGCAGCAGUGGCAGCAGCACUAGCAGUCUUUACAUGGAGGCUUACGACGGGCACCUGUCACAGGAUGAAGUGUAUCUAAAGGGGUCUCACAAUGGCCUGGGUGAUUGAAGGGAGAAGGAACGAAGCAUGGCUGGGAUUCAAUCCAAGGCGAGUUAUAGAGCAGCACACUAGACAGCCGACAGUUAUCCCAGCGUUCGCGGAGCUCGCAUUCAUGGUAAACACUGCAAAUGUUGGCUCAAGCGUAAAUUACCUUUAAAAGGCACAUUGACCGCUGUUUAGUGCCUGCACUACAACACGCCUGGACUUAAUCCAAGCCAUUGUCUUCCAACAGGUGGCGUCACUCCUACGCGAUGCUAGUCCCUCGACCAAUGCAGACGAAACUCGCGCCAUCUGAUGUAAGACAAUGGGGAUGACGAGAACUGCAGAACUGUAGGCCUAGCCAACUGGCAUAGUCUCCCCGUUUAACUUGCUAAUACAUAUUUUUUUGGGGCUUAUUUUAUAGUUUGUUUUUUUAAUGUGUGGUUGCAAGUGUAAACGACAUCACACUGCUUGCUUAGCGAGUACCACUUACUCCUGAUUCGGCUCACACCAAGGCUCGAACCCAGGAUCUCUGCUUUGCUAGUACAUGUGACCGCCCUCCCGAAGCGUUUUACCAGUUGUGCCAUGCAAAAAGCUAGCUGUUCGGUGGUGCAAGUUUCACACAUCCCACAUAACUGCAGGUGGCAGUAAAUCACCAACCUUGAAUGUGUUCAGACCUUACACACUCCAGCACAGUAGGUGGUGGUAUGCACCCAUCAGUUUAUUUUCUAACUGCCUACACUCAAAUAAACAAAAAAAAAGCAAAAAAAUAAACGUCCC